AUGGUGAGUACAUAUUUUUCUCUGCAAUUUUUUAUCCAUUCGAAUCGAAAUAAGAUCUAGAUCGAAUUAUAUACGGCUCUUAUGAAGACCCCUUAAAUUAAUUCGUUCGUUUGAAUCUUAUUGUUGCGAAUUUUUUGACAUUAAUAAUUGUCACUGCUAUUAAUUUCCUUUUUUUCUAGUCUCUGGUCAUUCCGGAAAAGUUCCAGCACAUCCUGCGUAUACUCAGUACUAACAUCGAUGGCAAACGUAAAGUUAUGUUUGCUAUGACCGCCAUCAAGGGUAUCGGCAGACGUUUCUCCAACAUUGUGUUGAAAAAGGCUGAUGUUGACUUAAACAAACGGGCUGGUGAAUGCACAGAUGAAGAGGUUCGUAUAAAUGAUUGUUGAUUUAUGAACUCUUAAUCCGCAUAUAAUUUCAUCUUGGUUAAUUGCUAUGAUAAGCUAACGUCAUUGAAUGUAUUGCGUUAAUUAUUGAUGUAGUACAGUCCGACGUUUGCUAAAUCAAAUAACUUGCAAUUACCAAGGGCUUUUGGUGAACCUUUACUAAAUUGCCCAUGCUUGUGAAGGAACAAAUAUGUUUACACUCUUAACGUUUUUCAAAAAAUUAAGUUUUUUAAACUUGGAUGUUGAUUAAAUUUUUUUAUAUUCAACUAAUAUUAUAAUUAUUAUGUUUAAAUACCAAAAAAUUGCAAUGUCAUUAAAAUUAUUCCAUCAAUUAUUGAUGCAGUACUGUUCGACUUUUGCUAAAUCAAAUAACUUGCAAUUACCAAAGGUUUUUGGUGCACCUUUACUAAAUUACCUAUGCUUGUGAAGGGACAGUUCUCAUUGAAACAGCUUGUGAAGAAACAAUUGAAAUAAUUAUUGUAUGGAUAAUUUAUUAGAAUACUGUAUUGAUACCUAGGACUUUGAAAUUCUAUUUUAUCUAUCUGACUGCCUUUUUUUUUUUUCUAUUUGGUCGCUAAGACUUGUAUACAGAUUUUUAUGCUCAAUAUUUGGAUAGUCUUGAGGCAAUAGUGUUUAUUUUGUCUCGUUAUUAGCUCUUAACUUAAAUAUAACUCCAUAGAAUGUUGAAAUAUUUAAUGUUACCUGAUAAACUACAUUUGUGCCUAAACAAUUUAUCAGUGUUAUGGAUGCAAGUAUUUCUUUAGCACAGUUGAGAAGUUUUGCUUGCUAAUAUAUGGAAAGUUAAAUGGUUAAAUUGUGCAAAAUUAAUUGACAUUUUUUGAAUAAGAGUUAAUAAACUUUUUAUUAAUUCUUACAUUUGUGUUAACAAUAUAAAAUUAUUAAUAAAGUAUUUAUACUCGUGCCACUGAAUGAACGUUACUCUACUACCUACUCACCGCUGUAAAUUGCACGACCAAGCGGAAAACUAUUUGUGUACAGCAUACUAAAAUAAUAACUCAUGGUGACUGUCACAUAGUAGAUACCUAUAUGUAUGUUUUACCUAUACAAAAACAGUAACAAAUAAUUAAACAUUUAAACUUAAAAACAGAACAAUACAGUACACGCUGUGUAUACAAUAUGACAGCGGCGGCCAGCACUCACACAGGUUUAGUGAUGGGAAUGUGCGAGAACAGAUGAAUUUUGGUCGCCACCCAGUAGCGUUCUCUUAGUGGUACAAGUAUAGUCAUAGUCUAGUUAGUAACUUAAAUUAUUUAACUUCCAAUAUGUGCUAUAUCUACCUACUAGUCUAGGUAGUUCUUAAUACAAAUAAAAUGCAUUGUUAUUUUACAGAUAAUAGAUUUAUUCAAUUUUAAGUAAAUUUAGAGAAUUCUAUGCUAAAAUAGCUAUCUUCAUUAGGAUAAUAUAAAUGUGAUCUAUUCAUUUGAUAUUCUAUCGGUGAAGGGACAUUGCAUUAUUGAUAUACAAUUUUUCUUGAAAAGCAUAAUCAACGGUUCAUUAUAUAUGUAUAUAAUGAAAUUGGUAAAUUAUGCAAAAUUAAUAACUUAUGUAUAAGUCUAAUUAAGCUCAUUGUACUUGAUUAAAUGUCGCUAAGAUUUAUUUAAAUACAUUACUAUUAUAAAAGUUUUUUUUUAUCUGUUUAGCCAUUUGUAAUGAUAAUGUACAUUUUAUUAAUACAUGUCUACUCAUACCACGAUUAAAUAUGUACAUGUGUAACCAUACAUCUCUAAAAUCAAAAUUAACCUAGUUUUGGUUAUUAUGUGUAAGCAUUGUUUUUGUAUAUUAAUCGGUAUUUGGACUGAUACAGUAGAUGUGGGUAUAACGUCCUUUUCAUGGGUCUCGUUUAGCAUAUGGUUCUGUAACCAGUAUAUCUUAAAUCGUGGCUCAUACCCUAGUUAAUGGUUACUAAUGCUUUAGCUAUUCACUUUGAUUAUUUAACUUCCCAUUUGUGUUGUGGAACUUAUAAAAAAUUAAUGCACUGUUAUUUCACAAAUAAAACAUUUAUUUAAUUUGAAAUAAAUGUAUACAAUUCUGUGCUAAAACAACCAUCUUCAUUAGGAUAAUAUAAAUGAUAACCAUUCAUUUGAUAUUCUAUCGGUGAAGAUACAGAACUACUAAUUUAAUUUUCCCAAAAGCAUAAUUGUAUUACCUAGAUUUAAAUUUGUUCCUCAACAAUUUAUCAAUGUUAUGAAUGAAACAUUUUCUUAAGCACAUUAAUGAAGGUUUUACUUACUAAUAUAUGGAAAGUCAAAUGGUUAAACUGUGCAAAAUUAAUUGAUACUUUUGAUAUAGGAGUUGAUAAACUUUUUAUUAAUUCUUAUUUCUGUGUUCACAGUGUAUAACUAUUAAUAAAGUAUCUAGUCAUAUUCUAGUUAUAUCUACCUAGUCUUAUUGAAAACUGAAUGCAUUUUUAUUUUACAAAUAACAGAUUUAUUCAAUUUUAAGUAAAUUUAAAGAAUUCUAUACUAAAAUAUCUUCAUUAGGAUAAUAUAAAUGUGAUCUAUUAAUUUGAUAUUCUAUCGGGGAAGAAACACUACAAUAUAAAUAUAUAAUUUUUCUUGAUAAGCGUAAUCAACGGUUCAUUAUAUAUGUAUAUAAUGAAAUUGGUAUAUUAUGCAAAAUUAAUAACUUUCAUAUAAAUCUAUUUAAGCUCAUUUUACUUCAUUAAAAUUUGCUGAAAUUUAUUUAAAUACAUUGUCAGAACCAUUGAUUUUUUCUCUUUAUAUCUGUCUAUUGUGUAAUUAAUAUUACAAAAUUACAUUAAAACUUAAACUCUAAUUAAUUCUCAAAUCUUGUUUAUUAAAUGUGGAUUUUGUAUGUAUUGCAGUGUAUACUUGUCAUGUGUAAUAUAUUCUUGUAAAUAGUGAAAUAUCAAAUAAUACAUCAUUUAUUGUCAAUUGUAGACUUUAUUAUAAUUACAUAAAAUAUUUUGAAAAUCAAAUUGCAUAAACUAGAUUUGUUCUUUGACAAUUUAUGAGUAUUAUGAAUGCAAAAUUAUCUUUGGCACAGUAAUGAAGGUUUUACUUACUAAUUUAUAGAAAGUUGAAUGGUUAAAUUGUGCAAAAUUAAUUAACACAUUUGAAAUAGGAGUUAAUGUGCUAUUAAUUAGUUCUUACAAUUGUGUUAACAAAGUAAUAAAUAAAUUAAUAAAGUAGUUAAUAAUUUAUGUGUCAAUUUUAUAUAAUUAAAAACACAAAUGUGUAUAGUCAGUGUGUUACUGGUCACCUAAACUAGUUAAGUGUUACCUAGCUAUGAGGUAUGGAACCAAUACUUUGCUAUUUAAAUAAAUUUGAAUUUCAUAGUCUGAAUAUGAGUAGCCCAUAGUUUGGUAAUACGUAAACAGGUAAUCCUUAAAAUUACAUUUUUCAUACAUGAUAUUUUAUGUUAUCAGCUGAGUUAUCACUUAUCAGUUGUUCAUUAAAUGUUUUCAUGGUGUAUGUUUUUUUUUUACAUUACUUAUUCAUCCUCGUUUUUAACUUACAAAGAGUUUAUUAGGUAAGCAUUAAUAAUUAAAAAUGAAAAAAGAGAGAGAGAGAGAGAGAGGCCCCUGAAUUGGGAUACAUGAGAAAAAUAAAUAUUUUUCUACUGUGUAGCAAAAAUUAAAAAUGUUAUAGAUGAUCAAAAAAAAAAAACAAUUUUCUUUCAUACCUAAAAAUAAUAAUAUCAAGUUCGAAUAUUUCAUUCAUAUUUUCUAUUAUUUGAGAUGGGUGUUGAAAAUUAAAUUUAAAAAAAUGUAAUUUGAUUUAGUGUCCUGAUGAAUUUGUGAACAAAUUACAUAGUAUAUUAAUUGAUAAUUUAACAUUUAACACAAUCAAUAGUUCAGAAUAUUUUAUGGAAUUUAUAAAAUUAUAUAUGUUGUACUUGCUUAGAUUAUUGCUUUAAAAUUAUUUUCUUGAUAUUCAAUUAGAUAAUUUAUAAUGAAAUAUAAAAUUAACAUUUUAAUGUACUGAUUUAUUAAACAUUCCUGUUUUUAGGUUGAAAAAAUCAUCACGAUUAUGCAAAACCCUCGUCAAUACAAAAUUCCAGACUGGUUUUUGAACAGACAAAAGGAUGUAGUAGAUGGAAAAUUUACUCAAGUAAACUAAUUAUUUUUACCCUAUUAUUAGUGUUUUAUAAUUAAUUUAGGAAUAUUUUUUUUUUUUAGCUUACUUCCAGUUCUCUUGACAGCAAAUUGCGUGAAGAUUUGGAAAGGUUAAAGAAAAUUAAGGCUCACCGAGGUCUACGUCAUUACUGGGGGUAUGUUUGUGUAUAUUGGGUUAAUAAUUAAAACGGGCAAACUGAAUUAUUUUUAAUUUCUAAAAAGUUUCUUUUGAAUUCUAAUCAAUAAUAAUUGUGAUUAUUUAAAUAAAAUUAUGAGAUUAUCGUUAAUAUGUUUGCAUUAAAAAUAAGGGUAAUAUUCAUCCCUUCAGAAAAUACUAAAUGAUAAUCGACCUUCAAUAGUUUUAUUAUAUAAGUAUUUUUUAUAUAUAUUUAAGUAAGGCACAUUUUCUUCUGCUUAUUCAGUAGUUAUUCUGUAAAGGUAAUAUUUUAAGUAUUCGGAACCCUUUUAUUUUAAUUAACUGGUUAUUUUUAACUUAUUUAUAUUUUCAAUUAUUGACAAUAAUUAAUUUUUUUAGGUCUGUGUGUUUUACUUCUUUAUAAAAUAACUUUUAUAUACUUUGGUAACAAAUUAUAAGUUCCACUGGGUAUUGGAAUUCAAAGAACUUAGAUGAAAUAUGUAAUAAAAUGGGCUAUUGUGUUAAAUAAAAAAGCACUAAAUAUUAUUUUUUAUUUAAUUUCCAUUUGUUAUGUUAUAAAUAUUUAUUGUAUAAGAACACUCACAUUGUUAUGGUUCAUGCAUUUCAUCAAAUUUAAAUAAUAACCCCAUUAAGUAUUAUACAUAGUAAAUUACUUUUAAGUUAUUAUUAGACUGGAUGUUAAAAAUAUUGCUGUAUAAUACUUAGCAUCUAGGUUUAGGAACUGUUAGGUAAAAUAAUAUAAAUAUUCAACUCUAAGUACAAUUGUUUCAUCAAGAUUUACCAAAAAAUAGUCAGUAAGAAAAAAUAUUAAUGUGUCCUAAUCCAUAAACUAUGUGAAUUAAUAUUUAAAUUAACAUAAUGUAAAAAACAUUUUAAUUGACUUCCUAACAAUAACUAAUUGCAACUUUUUCAUUUAUUUCUCAAUUAUUUUUGGUUAACUUUCUUGUAAGAGACUAAUGUUUUUCAAAUUAUUCAUUAUAUCUAUUUACCAUACAUUUGUUUAUCGAUCACUGCAUUUUUAAUUAUGUUUUAUUGUGAACUUACCAUCCUGAAUUAUAAAUAUAGGUACAUAGAAAAUUAAUUAAAGUAGAGUUUUUAGUGCAUUAAUUGUUAUUGAAUCAUAAGUGUCUUCAGUUUUAUGUUUAUGCAGAGUAAUAUACAUUUUAAGGUAUUUGUAAGUUAUUUUAUUAAAUUAUAUAAUUAUUUAUUUUUUAUUUUAGUUUGAGAGUACGUGGUCAACAUACCAAAACCACUGGACGUAGAGGAAGAACUGUUGGUGUGUCUAAGAAGAAAUAA